AUGGACGACGCAGGCGCAUUGCGGUGGUGCCAAUGGGCCAGUCAAGCCGUCCCAGCCUUCGUUCACGAGAAGCAGCUCAGAAAACCGGCUGAGGACACCCUGAUAGCAGCGUGCGUCGUUGAUUUCUCCGGCAACAAGAUCGGAGACAAAGGGUGUCACAGUCUCCUGUCGCUUCUCUUUGAGCUCCGCAUAGGCGCUGACAAGCUGAAGCUGCACAGGAAUCACCUCGGAAGAGCGGCGGGCCAGACCCUCAUGCAUUUCUUGGGCCAGACGGAGCAUCCGCUGAAUGAGCUGCACCUCUCCCACAAUUUCAUCACCCGAGAGGGCGCUGUGGACAUCCUGAAGGGUGUGGCGUGGAACCCGCGAUAUCCUGCCACGCUGCGAGACAGCCUCGGCCGCUUAAAGUACGUGCCCCUUUGGCUGCGCCUGGAGACCAACAUGAUCUCCGAUCCGGAUGGCCUCCUUGUUCAAGCUGAGCAGAAGAUGCACGAGGCUCGGCGCAGUGUUGGCGAAGGACAUCAGAUGGCGAACACUUCGGAGAAGGCCAUCUGCGAGAUUUGGAGCCCAGAUUCAGGCCUUUGCUCCGCCACCCGGUGCGACUACGCUCACGGCGCGCACUGCGCCAUGGUGCACUUGACCUAUCCUCGCCGGCAGCGCCUCCCCGCCGAGACAAAAGUCCCGCCCGAGGCCAAAGCAUGGCGGGAUCGCCCUGGCGAGGCCGCCUCGUGGGCGCUUCCUGGCUCGAAAGCAGCUCCGCCCGUGAGGCCGAAGCCGCCCCCGAAAUCGAGCGCGCCCGCGGGCGCGGGCUUCGCCGCUCCCCUGAAGAAGGCCCUGGCUCCCUGUCCUUGGGCCGAGAUGAAGAAGGAGGCGCCGGGAGCGGUUUGCGAGGCCCAGAAGGCUCCACCGGCAGCCCCGGCUCCUGGACUGGUGAAGUGCCCCCCACCUCUGCAUCCAUCGGGCGUCGAUGUCGUGCCGCUGCCGAAGCAAGCCCCAAAGGCAGCUCCGAAGCACGCCUGGCAGACUGCGGAUCUCGAGCAUCCUCCCCUACGGGAUCCCCCAUGCAAGAUGCCCCCGGCGAAGGAGCAAGGGGCCACCGUCACUGGCACGGCGGAGCGCGGCGUGGAAAAGUUGCUCGGGCUCUUCAUCUACGGCCUUGUACGAUGUUCGUCUUGA